AUUCAUCAAUGCUAAUAAAUAAAAGGUCCCUCUCCUUCAGCACAGGGUCCAGGACGCUGGGAGAGCUGCCCCCUCAGACGAGCUGCAGGCUGGCCAGGAAGGACGGCUUAGCAGCCCAGGAUCUCUGGCUGCCCUCUGUGGGAAGAGAGCGAGACACAGCAAGGAAGACGGAGUGAGGGAGCCCUCCCUGCACUUGCACAAUGCGCACUCUCAUCAUCCUUACACUCCUGGCUACCUUGGUCAUGGCCGCUACUUGCUAUGAGUCCCACGAGAGCAUGGAAUCCCAUGAGUAUCUCAAUCCCUUCAUCAACAGGCGAAGGGCCAAUGGCUUCAUGCAAACUGACAUGAGACUAGAAGCUAUUGCUCAGGAGAGGAUCAGGGAACGUAAUAAGGCACCCCAGGAGCAUCAGAGGGAGAUCUGCGAAGACUACUACCCCUGCGAACUGUACGCUUCUCGCCAUGGCUAUGCUGCUGCUUACAGGCAUUAUUACGGGAGGAGGAGGACUAAGUAAAGGGUGAUGUGUCCCCACCCUGGGGCCUGGAGCCCAGGGUAUCCUCCCAGAAAAAAAGAUAUAGCUCUGAAACAUAUUCAGUUGCUUGUGUCCCUGUAUGUUAUCCUGCCUGCUGCUUCUCUCCCGUAUAGCCAUGGAUUCCUACACAGUGUCGAUUAGAGCUGAGCUGACAUAGCAGAGAUCAGAGAGAGUUCAGGAUGUGGGUGGUUACUGCACAAUAAAUUGCUCCUUUGAUACUA